CCGCAUCCAAACAGCGGCUAAGCAAUCCGCGCAACCAAACAAGGGUCUUCUUCUUUCAUUCUUUACUUCUUUCGCGUCGACGGUCGCGCCACAAAGUCUUUAAGCGCCGAAAAGCUCCAGCUGCUCCCAAAAUGCCUCUCAAGACAGAACAUGGAGCAUCGGACAGCUCCCUCGACGAGCACUCGAAGGCGGCCCAUUCUUCUAAAGUCGUUGUUCUUGCUGACCUCAAUGUUGAUCCUCCAGAAAUGGACGACGACAGUUCCGUUCACGUUUCAGCUUCGACUAUCUCUAGGUUAUCUGUGGAUGAGAGCAAUCAAGACAAAACUGUGGCAAUUUGCAAGGAUGCUAAUACAAUGGAAGUUGAAGGUAGACAUGUAAGCAAAAUAGGAAAGUGCCGUUCAAGAAACAAUAAGGUAGAGUACUCUCUUGAUUCUGCAGCUGAUGCAGAUGGUGAUCAACAUGGUCAAGGUGUUUCAACUUCACGCGAAGAAAAAGUCAGCAGCCUCAAAACUGGGUUAGUUCAUGUAGCAAGAAAGAUGCCAAAAAAUGCUCACGCUCAUUUCAUUCUUGGCCUAAUGUAUCAGAGGUUGGGCCAGCCACAAAAGGCUGUUUCAGCAUAUGAGAAGGCAGAGGAAAUCUUACUCCAAAGUGAUGUUGAGAUUCACAGGCCAGAGUUGCUCUCAUUGGUCCAAACUCAUCAUGCACAGUGUCUCCUUCUAGAAAGUGCAGCAGGGGAUAAUAGUUCAGACAAAGAACUUGAUCAAGAGGAGCUUGACGAGAUUCUUUCUAAACUUAAGCAUUCAAUUCAAUCUGAUGUUAGACAGGCAGCUAUGUGGAAUACCCUAGGCUUGAUACUUCUUUCUACUGGUCGAGUGAAGAGUGCCCUUUCAGUGUUAUCAUAUCUGUUGGCCAUUGUCCCUAACAACUAUGAUUGCCUUGGAAACCUUGGAAUUGCUUAUCUUCAAAGUGGAAACAUGGAACUAUCAGAAAAAUGUUUUCAAGAAUUGAUCCUGAAAGAUCAAAAUCAUCCUGCUGCUCUCAUCAACUAUGCUGCUUUUCUCUUGUGCAAGUAUGGUUCUACUGUUGUAGGUGCUGGAGCAAAUGCUGGUGAAGGUGGUGUUGAUGAGAAGGUUGUAGGUAUGAAUGUUGCAAAGGAAUGUUUGCUAGCGACUCUAAAGGUAGAUCCAAAAGCAGCACAUGCCUGGGCAAAUCUUGCUAAUGUGUAUUUUGUGACUGGGGACCACAGAAGUUCUGCCAAGUGCUUGGAGAAGGUAGCAAAACUGGAGCCAAAUUGCAUGGCUAUGAGAUAUUCUGUUGCUAUGCACCGACUUAAGGAUGCAGAAAGGUCUCAAGAUCGUAGUGAGCAGCUCUCCUGGGCUGGAAAUGAAAUGGCCUCAAUUAUUAGAGAUGGAGAUGGCUUGACAAUCGAUCAUCCUGUAGCAUGGGCUGGGCUUUCCAUGGUUCACAAGGCUCAACAUGAGAUUGCUUCUGGAUUUCGUACAGAUCAAAGUGAACUGAGAGAAGUGGAAGAACACGCCGUCUACAGUUUAUAUCAGGGAAUAGCUGAGGACCCAGAUGAUGCUGUUCAGUGGCAUCAAUUCGGCCUCCACAGUCUCUGUACACGAGAAUUUAAAACAUCACAAAGAUACCUCAAAGCUGCAAUUGCUCGCUUUAAGAACUGUAGCUAUGCAUGGUCAAACCUAGGUAUCUCGUUGCAACUCUCAGACAACCCGACACAGGCCGAAGAAGUAUACAAGAAAGCUUUGUCAUUGGUGGCCAAUGAACAAGCACAUUCCGUAUUUUGCAACCUCGGAAAUCUGUAUCGACAGCAAAAACAGUACGAACGUGCCAAAGCUAUGUUCUCAAAGUCUCUGGAACUGCAACCUGGUUAUGCUCCUGCAUUUAACAAUCUAGGAUUAGUGUUUAUUGCAGAGGGUCGAUGGGAGGAGGCUAAGUAUUGUUUUGAGAAAGCUCUUGAGGCUGAUCCAUUGCUCGAUUCAGCCAAGUCGAAUUUGAUUAAAACAGUAGCCGUAUCUCGAUUAUGUAAUAGCUUAUCAUCGUGUCGUGUUAAAGAUUGAAACCUUUGCCAUUGGCUUCAUCCUCAUUAGAUUAGGAUGUAGAAUAUACAUGAUAUUUCUUACAAGGAAAUGUAAAAGCAGCAUUUACUGAAUGAAGAUGCUUCCUGGAUAUAUCUCCCCAGGCAGUACUUCCUUGA